AUGCCGAUAGAAGACAUAUUGCAAGGUAAGGAAAUUGAAUCGAAAAACAAAGUUGUGCAGAUGUCAACGGCACGUUAUCCUAACAUAAUACCGACUUAUAUAGUAGCCCUUGCAUAUCAAGAGACAUAUGAUGACAUACCCACAGCACAACAAAAGAUAUGUAAUAAAAGAAGCCUUCAAGCUAGUUUUAUAGCACCAUUUAAUUCUAUAGCACCAACAUUGUCUUUACAGACACUGGAGAGUAAUGAUAAUAUGAAUUCUCUUUCGAAUACAGAAGAAAGUACGCCGGAAACAGAAAUAUUCAUAGAAGAAAAUCAUUGUGGCGAUACAGAAAACCUUGAAAAAGUAUACUCUAUUCCAAUAGAAGACAAUAUGGGGACGAAUUAUAAAAAACUACCAGAACUUAUUUUCACUUCAAGUAAAUUUCAUAGGAGGAAUAAGAAUAUUACUAGAAAUGAGUGCAACAUUUCAAAAAAAGUACCAAAUAAAUAUAAACUUUCUUUUGAAAUUAAAAAAAAAUACUUUAAAUAUAAAAAACCUCGAUACAAAAAUUUCCAAAUUAAGAAACAUCUCUACUCUAACUCCAUGACAAAUAUUGUUUCAAAAUCAAGGCUCUUAAAAAAUGGAAUAGAAAAAGAAAACUUACUAUAUUCAGAACGUGCCUUGUUAGUGGACGAAAUAAAUUUGAUUGAGAAUGACUCUGUAUCUUUAACUUCAUCGCCUUCAAGUACUAGAAAAUCUUUUUUUAAUUAUUCAAGUCAGAAUACUUUGAUUGAAACAUUAAACACAGACACAUGUGUAAAUGAUACUGGUAAUCUUGAGGUUGUGAAUUCAGUUAUUAGACUAACAUCAGUUGAUGGUACUCCUUAUAAAACGGAUGUGCUAAAUGUUAGUGUUGCCGUCACUUAUAAUACACAGUCAAAAGAUCAACCAACUGACGUAAAGGAGACAUUAUUAAUUCAAGAAAAUUUAACUAGUUCACCUACUACUGUACAUCCCAGCAACGCUUUGAUCUCAACUCACAGCAUGUUAUCACAAUAUUCAAAUGAAAGUUACUUAACCAUUACUAAUAUUAAUGUACAUCAAAUAAGUGAUAAAACGUUAAUUGGCAUUAAAAGCAGUUCAAAAACAAACUUAAGGGAUGAUGAUACCUAUGUUAUAGAAAAAACAAGCUCAAAUUUUAAUUCAGACACUCUAACAUCAAAUUCUAAAAAUAUCGUUAAUUUAGACAACUUUCACGGCAUGCCUUCUCCCUUUAUCAAUAAAGCUGUAAAGAAAUUGUCCAAUAGGCCAACUUUAUUGGAUACAGUUAUAAAUAUGAGUUUGUUUCCAGAUAUUAAUCCUUCAACUAGUUCCGCAUUUAACCGUACUGAAGAUGUGAAUAAUGUUAUUAAAACUGGAUCACAAAAUAAUCUAUCUUUGUUAAGUUUAAAAAAUAAAGGUGAUCAACCCAAUCAUACAAAUAUGGAAAUAUCGAACAAUGGGCUAAAGAUAACUGAAAUUCAAAAGAAAAUUAACUUAACAAAUAAAACUGACACAAAUGAAAUAAAGCCUGAUCACCAAAUACAAAACAAUAUAUAUUGUGACGAAUUAAUAUUGAACUAUCCAACAAACAUACAUGAACUAUGGGAUAGACUUGUGAUAAUUUUGGAUUUAACAGUGAAAAGAUUAGAGAAUACAUUGGCAGAAAAAACUAUUAAGGAAUUAAUAAGAAAGAUGCCUUGGAUUGAAAACCUAUCACGUCCCAUACCUAAUGUAAAUACAGAAACUGAUAAAAUGCGUGUGGAAAUAGAGAAAAGCGAAACCGCAAAAGAAUUUACUAAUAAGAACAAUAUUAUAACAAUCGAUGAUUCGUUACAGUGUGAUUUAGUAAAUAAUCGUGUUAUUGAUAAUAUUAUGCUAAAACUCAGUACUGAAAGUAAGAAAUCUACACAUUUGAUUGAAAUCACAAGUAAAACGAUUAAUAAAAUUAGGAAGCCUGAGCUUCUAAAAGAUUUUAUAGAAGUUUUUAAACCGUUAAUAAAAGAAAGCCCUGCUGUUGAUUCGAGUAAAGACGAAACUAUAACAAUGUCCACAGAAGUUGCUAGAGUGGAGUCCAGUAGAAUUUCUAGAUUCCAGCCUGUGAAAAUUAUGUUUGCGGGUCCUGUAAACUUUGUUCGGGAAAAUUGGUUAGUUAUUAGUAGUGUGCCGACUUUCUUCGUUCUAAUGUUAUGUAUUUAUGGUGUUAUUGUAUUUCUAGUUAAACCCUGGUAGUGUAUUAGAUUCCUGUAAUUACAGAUUUUCUUGUUAUGAAAUAAAUAUAUUA